GAUUGGUCAAGUCCUUCUAUAGUCCACUCAGCAGAGGUGUUGUGCAUGGGAGCUGUGAAAACAUAAUUUAUCAGCACUAGAAAGAAAAUGGGUAGAAGUUAUUAUAUAGAAGAUACAGUUGAGAAAUAUUUCUCCAAAAUCAUUCAGCUACAGAAACCAUAUGUAACUGGACUCAUUAUAGGCCAAUGCUGUGUGCAAAGAGAUUAUGUUAUUCUGGCUGCUCAAACUCCACAAAAAGAGAAUAGCGAAGAACCUCCCAAAAAACCUAUUCUGUCCAAAUUGGAUGAAAUUGAUGAUGAAUGGGUUUCUGUUCACGCUAGCCAGGUGGGCCGCAUGCUACCUGGUGGUCUCCUGGUGUUGGGUGUAUUUCUCGUGACAUCGCCAGAUCUUUCAAAGGAUUCGCAGAAUGCGCUGAGAAAGCUUAUUUUUACAGUGGAGAAAUCCUCAAUGAAGAACAGAUUAUGGACCUCUGAUGACAAUGAUGUAUCUGAGAGGGUAGCUGUUCACAUAUGCUCUGCAACCAGAAAAAUCACAUGUCGCACCUUUGAUGUUAAAGAUCCCAAGAGUACAGCUAAGCCUGCAGAUUGGAAAUACCAAAACUCAGCAUUGUCCUGGCUGACUAUAGAUUGUAAUGUUUGUGUAGAUGUGACUAUUCCACUUAUCUCCUCUUCUCCGUCUUAUAAAGAACAACAAAAAUCUACAAGGACUGGUCUUGCCAAGUGGGCCAAGGAACUUGAUGAUAUAAUAAUCCUUCUUAAUGGACAAGUUAAAGACAAAUCUAGCGAUCUGCUUGAAGAUCAAAAAAAAGCAAGAUCGGUGGCUCAUUCCAGUUCACAAAUGAUUAAAGCAAGCAUAGUCAAGCCAUCAUUAUUGGGCAACAACACUAGAUCUACAGCUGUUGUUCAGACCUGCAAAUCUUCUCUUACAAUUCAAGGCAUUGUAAAAUGUAGAGCUUAUAUCCAGAGCACCAAAGCAAAAGUGAAUGAAGCUUUUCAGGCUUUAAAAAGAGAUAUUCUUAACACCAUCGCCGACCGCUGUGAAAUAUUAUUUGAAGACAUCAUCCUCAAUGGACCACAAAAUGAAUCUGAAAAGACAACCACUCCACUUCCACAACGAGUGUUUGUUCCUAUACAUGGCUCCAGUGUAAUGCUUUGUGAUUAUGUAUUUGGAGAUGAAUCUGCUGAAGAUUUGCAGAAUCGUUUUGCUGAGAUAUUGGACCAAGAUGUGCGGUUUGAUGGCAUCCAUUUUGCAGAGGAGAAAGGCAGCGUAAUCAAAGCUGAUGAGAACCAAGACCCAGAUGUUUCAUGUCACCUAGAUCCUCUAAAAGAAAGUCAACUAAAGGCAUUGAAUAAGAACGUGACAUCUUCGAAACUUCAACAGAAUCUAGGAAUUGUAAUGGCAGCAGCUGCGGCAAUUGUUGCUGUUCUAUUGUCAUUUCAGUAUCUACUUGAGUAGCAAUUCAAGCUCACCGACAAUGUACGGGAAUUCGUUAUAAACAAGCUGUUCUGACUGUAUUCGUAUUAUUUAGAUAAACCUCUUAAACAUUACUUAAGUAGUGAAAUAAUUGGGUACAUACUGGAUCAAGAGUAAGAAUAAUAAUAGUGCACAUCUAAAUGGAUGCAACUUGUAUACCGUAUUUAUAGAAAAAAAAAGAUUGUGCACUGUGCAAAAUAGUAAAUUGAUGGGUUUAACAUAUGAUUAAAAAGUCACUGCCCGUUGUGGUAGUGAUGGUGCCCAGGAUUCCUCAUGUGUCAUCCCCCGGUUUUGUUUAUAGAGGGAUUUUUUUUCACAAAUCUUUCACUUUGCAACAUUACUCUCUCUAUGUGUGGAUGGCAGUCAACUUGUAACUGCAGUCAAAAUGUAACUUCUGUAAUAUCGAUUUGUUCAGCAUGUGGGAUGGCACUGGGGGCAUGUUGGCAACACAUCUACUACUAUACACCAUAGUGAUUAUGGUGCUUAUUGUGGCUUUUUUAUAUGAAUGGCUUUUAUCAUUGUAUUUGUAGAGGUAAUAAUUCAGGAUAAUGUUAUAAUUUAACUAUCAUGUAAGCGCAAAAUGGGUGCAAUCUAAACCAGUGUUUUUUAAGCAAUGUGUUAUGGCAAACUGGUGUAUCUCAAACCACAUCAGGACUGUAAUAGGUUAAAUACAGCCAUUAAAUUAUAUAUAUAUAUAUAUAUAUAUUUUAAAUCAGUGUCAGCAUUAACAUUAGGAUACCCAUCUGGUAAUAAAUUAAAGCUAAUAAGUCAGUUUGGCUAGAAGUGUAUCUCUCACUAAGACUUUCAGUAAAUGUGACAUUCAUAAGCUGCUGAUGAAGGCGAGAAAGAAAUAAAGCAAUCGUGCCUUUCUCCCAUUGAAGAGUGCAUUGGAACAAGAAAGUUUGGGAGACACUGCUUUAAACCGCAACCAAAAUUUAAAUAAUGUCUAGAAGGCAAUGUAUAUAUUAGUGGAUACUUGAACUUAAAGACUCUCUGUAUACUUUUUUAGUAGUUUGCAAUUGUUGUGCACUGUGGGAUGACCUCCAGAACACAAAGAUCACUUUAGUGUACAGUAGUGUGCUUUAAUAAAAAAGCCUUCAUUCUUUCUAUCUUGUGGACUCACUUUUUUAAUGAACAUCUACAUUAGGUAGACCUUCAGGUGACAUUCCCUUGACACUUCAGACUAGGGGGGAACAUAGUCUUGAAUCCUUUCCUUUCUUCUCUGUUGACUCUUCUGGAGUCCUAUAAGGGAGUAAAAGAGCCACAGUUAUUGGACCAAUGUUCAGACAUGUAGAGAUUGUCGACCGGAUGCUUAGAUAGGGCUUAACCCAAAUUAACUAGAACAGAAACACAAAUUGUAAGAGACGGUGUUCAAUUGCAAAAGAAACAGCAAAGGGACUAGAUCUUAAACGAAUACCACCACUAGUAAGUUUAUUUGUCCUGGUAAUAUUGAUAAGAGUUAAAAAAUCAAUGUAGUCUUUAUUGGUUUUAAAUACACCACAGAAAACUCAUAUAGAUGAGAAAAAAUUAUUAUUAUAGUAAACAACGUAAUUGUGAAAAGGGGAAAUACACAAAAGUGAAGAAAUUUUAAAUUACUGGAUUCUGAAUGAGCCGACGGAUGUAAUCUGGGAAAUCUCUUGUAUUUCCUAGUAGGUACAUAUCAAGUGACCUCAUUCAUUUUGUUACAAGUUUACCAACUAACAAUUUGAAUAAAUGUAUCAAUUGUAUCCAUUUGAAAGCUGAAAAUGUUAUGUUAGCUAUGGCUGCCAUCAAAACUGUAUUGACCACACCGUAUGUGU